GCGAGACCGCCCCGCUCUUCUGCCGCCUGUGACACCACCCGAAAGCCCAGCCGCGCGGGGCGCAGUUAAACCGAUUCAAGGAAGCUAAAGAAAAACCGGUAUAAAUCAUAGGAACACCGCCCCCACCCCCGGGUUCCCGUAGGAGGCUGCAGAAACCCGCCCGACUAGCGGAGAGCAGCGAAGAAAGGGCAGCUUUCCAGGUCUGUUUGCAAGCAACCUCUCUACGCGGUGCUCCAGACUUUUUGAAGCGCACGCUCGAGGCGCUCAGGAACAGAACCGUCUGGAGGGGAGACGCGCCUCGGAGUAGCCUCCAUCCGUGAGCGUUGUUUUUUCCCCCCCCUCCCUCCCCACGGCCUGCGCCGACGGGCUCCCCGCCAGAAGCGCUCCUGCGCUCCGCAAACUUCCCGCUCUCUGGCAAGACUUGGGAUUUUGGCCAUCGCCGUCGAACUGAAGGCGAGCGAGCGCCGCGAGGUCCCUGCGCUAGGAAGCGAGCCCGGUCCUGGGGCCGAGCAGCUGGGCUGACGCUGAGCUCGCACUGCCCCCUGUGGAGGCGGAUCUCUUCGCUCUGCGUCCGCCGCGCCGCCGCCCGCCGGAGGGAGCCCCGCAGACUAUGCCAGAGCCCUCGGCGGCGGGGAAGUGGUGCUUGGCCUCUGCGCGCGGCUCCGGCUCCAGGUGAAGCGGCCGGAGCGAAUCGCAGCUUUGGGCGGCCGGAGCAAGCGGCUGGCUGCGUGGGCGGGAGCAGCCCGGGCACGCCGGAGCGCUGGGAACCGCCGCCGCCGCGUGGAGACGCGGGCAUGCGGGCUGGCGGCAGUGGGCUUCGUGGGUAGCCCUCCUCAAUAUGGUCUUCGUCUGCCACGGCGCCAGCAGCUGCCCCGUCUUGGCUAGCAGCAGCAGCAGCAGCACCCUGGACUCCUUGGCGCCGGAGCCUCCCCGGCCGUUGGGCGACACCGGCGGGGCGAGGAUGAUUUCUGGCUCGCUGAAUCCGCCCCGUUUAGGGAUAGGCGGGAAACUUCUUCAAGGGGUCACCGCCGGCCCCGGAGGGGGAGGCGAAGGCGUCGGCAGCGGCGUCGGAGGCGGCGUCGGCGGGAGCGGCACCACCGGCGGUCCCAGCGCGCUCAGCCCGGGCUUCGGCGACGCCGGCAACGACACGCAGUGCGGCGAGCAGAUCCUGAACUACGGCAACGUGGAGAAAGUGGUGAUCGGAGCCGCCCUGACGCUCAUCACCUUGCUGACCAUCGCGGGCAACUGCCUGGUGGUCAUCUCGGUCUGCUUCGUCAAAAAGCUCCGCCAGCCCUCCAAUUAUCUCAUCGUCUCGCUGGCUUUGGCCGACCUGUCGGUGGCCGUGGCCGUCAUGCCCUUUGUCAGCGUGACCGACCUCAUCGGCGGCGAGUGGAUCUUCGGCAGCGUCUUCUGCAACGUCUUCAUCGCCAUGGACGUGAUGUGCUGCACCGCCUCCAUCAUGACUCUCUGCGUGAUCAGCAUUGACAGGUAUCUUGGCAUAACUAGGCCCCUCACCUAUCCUGUAAGACAAAAUGGAAAGUGUAUGGCUAAAAUGAUUCUUUGCGUGUGGCUGCUGUCUGCUUCCAUCACUUUGCCCCCGCUGUUUGGAUGGGCUCAGAAUAUUAAUGACAACAAAGUCUGUUUAAUCAGCCAAGAUUUUGGCUACACAAUUUAUUCUACCGCUGUUGCAUUUUACAUCCCCAUGUCGGUGAUGCUGUUCAUGUACUAUCAGAUCUACAAAGCUGCCAAGAAAAGUGCAGCCAAACACAAAUUUGCUGGUUUCCCAAGACCCAACGAACGUGAAGGGAUGGUUUCGGCCAACGGCAUCAUAAAGCUGCACAAGGAAUCUGAAGAGUGCACCAAUUUUUCACGUCUGCUUAAGCAUGAACGGAAGAACAUUUCUAUCUUCAAAAGGGAGCAAAAAGCAGCCACUACCCUUGGAAUAAUUGUAGGGGCCUUUACUGUAUGCUGGCUGCCGUUUUUCAUCCUUUCUACUGCUAGACCCUUCAUCUGUGGGACCUCGUGCAGUUGCAUCCCUUUGUGGGUUGAGAGGACAUUUCUCUGGUUGGGUUAUGCCAACUCUUUGAUUAACCCAUUUAUAUAUGCCUUCUUCAAUCGGGAUCUGAGGACCACCUACCGCAAUCUGCUGCAAUGUAGAUAUAGGAACAUCAACCGUAAACUCUCGGCUGCAGGCAUGCAUGAGGCCCUGAAGCUUGCUGAAAGACCAGAGUUUGUUCUGAGGAACUCUGAUUACUCAAGAAGGAAGAGCCACGACUUAUGACUGAAUGCUGAUGGGGACGGUCAUAUAUGGACAAGGGGCUGUGAAUCAGUGAAAAUUGCUGCAAAUCCAGGCAUUGAAGAAAACCUGUAGGGUGAAUACAAUGCUUCUAAUGGACUUUGCGAGGGAAUGUUGUAAAGGAAGUUUAUGAACUUUGGUUUAACAGUAUUAAAUGUAAUCCUGCCAAUCCAGUGACAUUUUUCUUUUCUUUUUUCUUUUCCCUAUUUUGUUUCUCUUAGUAGAACAAAUGCUAGCAUAAAUAAGCCCCUUUUUAUUUGUUUCGUAAAGCAAAUAACAUUAGCAAUAAGUAGUUUGGCUCAUAGGAGGAAUGGCAGACAAUCAGCUCCUUUGACUUCCUCUGAGGAACGUCCAACUUUGUUCCAUCAGUCUUUUGACUUUAACAAAGGUCCUUGUGUAAAUUGUCCUCAGAUCCAGCAGUGUCCACCGGGAAGGUGGGGCAAAGGGUUCGUUUUGAUAAAGGCAUCGUCCCAGUGUGAUGCUUUUCUGCGUGUGUCAAAACAACAUCAAAUGAAAACCCCCAAAGAGCUCAUGGAAAUCACCAGUAGGAUAAUUUUAUAAUAUUUCAGUAAACGAUAGCAAAGUAACUUCUAACACUAUCAAGAUUUCCUUUAUGGGAAGAGAUGAUUGAAUUAUAUGCCAAGCAAAUAGAAUAAAUUGUCAUCAGUAUAACCUAUCCACAUUUGUUUCUUUCAAGGAAGCCAGAUGGACAAAGAAUAAUACAGUUUUAGUUCAGUUUCAUAAUUUUGGUCCACUUCUCCCCCCCACCUUCUAUUGUUGACUUUCUUUCUAAAUUUCUUUCUUUGGUUGAGGGGCUGAAUGAGAAUUGUAAUCAGACGUUAGAUUUAUAUUGCAUAAAUUUUCAAGGAACAGUUUCCAAAUGUGAAAUGGAAAUAAACAUUUAGCCCAGGGGUGAAAUCCAGCAGGUUCUAACAGGUUCUGGAGAACCGGUAGCGGGAAUUUUGAGUAGUUCGGAGAAUCGGCAAAUACCACCUCUGGCUGGCUCCAGAGUGGGGUGGGAAUGAGGAUUUUGCAAUAUCCUUCCCCCAGGAGUGAGGAGGGAAUGGAGAUUUUGCAAUAUCCUUUCCCUGCCACGCCCACAGAACCAGUAAGGAAAAAUUUUGGAUUUCACUCCUGAUUUAGCUGUUUUGAUAAGUACCAAAGGGGCCAAGUGACACAAGUAUUUUAGAAAAUUGUAAGGCUAUGGUUAAUUCGCAAAAGAAGAUAUUUUCAGCAUGUUAACAUGUGCAUUUUAAUGCAGUUAGUUAUUCUAGUUUUGUUAAGUGUUCCAGGGAUGUUCAUGAGAAAGGAGUCAAAAAAUCAAGAUGAAAGCCAUAUUCCUAAGCCCCUCCCUUUUAAGAUGGCUUGUAAGCUAAAAAAUACAAACCCAAAAGGCAGGGCUUCAAGAAGUUGCAAGCCCCAUUUUGGCUUCUUUAAUCCCCCACGGAUACUUCUAAAAUUUUCUCAUGGGAAAGUCGCUCAAGAUUAAACAUCAACAGAUUGCUAAAAAAAACACACCUUCAGGCAGUAAUUAGGAAUGUUUAAAAUAUGACUGUUGUUUUAUAAAGAAAUUAGCAAAUGAAGACUACUAAUUAGCAUAGGGUCAAUAAAUGCCCUAUUUAUGGGUUGAAAGUACAGGAUUGGAAAAUAAAAUCUGGAAGUGUAUCAUCUGAUCCUAAUCUGAUCAUCUGAUUUGUGCAUGGUGGAUUUUGUCCAUCAAAUGAGUCACAGGCCCAAUCUGCGUAUUUUGAUUCCAUGAUGUAAGUGCUAUGCCUCCAUUCUUUCCCUCAGAGUCAUCUACUCAAAGGUAUGUAUAUUUAUGCUCCUGGUUUUACAAGCAGUCCUCGACUUACAAUCACAACUGAGCCCAGGAUUUAAGUUGCUACGUGAGAGCGUGUUUUGUCCCAUUUUACAACUUUUCUUGCCAUGUUUAUUAAGUGAAUCACUGCAGUUCUUAGAUUAGUAACAUGGUUGUUUAGUGAAUCCUCACUGACUUUUCUUGUCAGGAGUCGGAAAAGAUGGUUACGGGACCCCGGGACACUGCGACCGUCAUAAAUACGAACCAGUUGCCAAGCAUCUGAAUGUAAAUCAUGUGAACGUGGGGAUGCUGCAAUGGUCAUAAGUGUGAAAAAUGGUCGUAAGUGUGAAAAAUGGUCAUAAGUCACUUUUUUCAGUGCUGUUGUAGCGUAGAACGGUCACUAAAUGAACCGUGGCAAGUCGAGGACUACCUGUACAAGGUUUAACCAUCAUUGUUUGUUUAAAUCCUAGGAAAAGAUGUACAUGAGAGUUUGAGACCGCUUAAAUCUUCAGAUUACCCACCUGAUCAUAUGCUCAGGAUGUUUUGUGGGAAGCUAAGAAAGUUAAUCUAGUUUGUAUGAAAUAAAACAUAUAAAAUAGUUUAUAUGAAAUAAAACUUUAAGACAAAUCUGCCUUAAAGGCCAGUCGAUGCAAUUAUUAUCCAAUCACGGGUCCCUCUGCACCAAUUUGUCUCUCCUGUAACUGUGGUUACAGAAUGUGUUGAUGUUGACCAUUUUAAAUAAAGUUCAGUGUUCCAACAUAAAAGUUUACUGUAUUUGUAAAUGUCUUGAGAAAUGAAAAUUCACUGUUUGAAGAAGAGGCUUUAAUAGAUUUUUGCUGACAUAACUGGAAUUUUUUUUUUUUUCAGAUUGGGGAAAAAGAUCAAAAAUGGCUUUGAUCUGCUUUAGUUUGUGGGAGUGGAAAAAUAGAGGAGAAAAUAUUGGUUGAGGUGCAGUCCAGGGGUGAAAUGCUCCCGGUUUGGACUGGAUCGCCCGAUCCAGUAGCGAUGGCAGCGGGUAGUUCGGAGAACCAGUAGCAA